AUGUCUAGAAUGGGUGAUCCAUAUCGAAAUUCCUCGGAAACCCUAAGCAGCCGUGGCGGUGGGGGGAACCGUUGGGACAGUGAGCGGUUCGCCUCGGAGCGCGACCGAGUCCGUUUCGCACCCGAUCGAGAAGAACGAGACUCCCGAUUUCUCAGAGCUACAGGUGGCCAUGCACGAGAACGAUCUUUUGAUGAUGUUUACGAGCGUCGAGGUCCACGAGGAUACGAAGAGGAGCGAGAACAUUACGACGAACGAGAUUACUACGAUUCACCCAGGCUUCAACGUGAACCAGAACCAGGACGACAAAGAUCUACAACUAUUACAAUGGAAAGAGAGCGAGAGAGGGAAAGGGAUGAAUCUCCACCACCUCCUCGAAGAGCUGGUGGCAGACCCGCAUUUUUGAGAAGACAGAGUUCUCUUGAUACAUUUGACCGCAAGCCGCUGGUAAGGUAUGAGAGAGAAGCCGAGAGGUUGAGGGAUGAGUAUGGUCCACCGGCCAGACGCCCAGAUGUUAGACCACCACCUUUGACACCUGUUCCACUACCAAGAACUAGAGGACUGCCCCCACCUAGAAGAUAUGCCGAGAGAGACUACGACGAAAUCAAGGUCGCAGAACCCGACUUCUAUGGUGAUGAAGACUUCAGAGCUUAUCCCGAAAGAAUUAGAGAAAGAGAAAUCGUCAGACGAAGGAGAAGAAGUCACGAGAGAAGAGGCAGCCAUGAAAGAAGAAGCCACAGAAGUCACAGCAAGGAGAGUCGUUCGACUGCCACAAGAAGCGUCAGAAGCGAGAGUGUUAGCUCAUCUGAUAGUGGUACUACGAUAUCAGUAAGAAGUGAGUUCCCUAAGAAGGGAAAGACAAGAAUGCCAGCUAGGUUGGUCAGCAAGAAAGCUAUCAUUGAUUUGAAUUAUCCUUUUGAAGAAGAGGGUGACACAAUCAUCAUUCAAAAGGCACUUGGAAGAGAAAACAUUGAUGAGGUUAUCAAAUUGAGUGAGGAAUAUAAAGCAGCUGAGAAAGCCAGAGUCGAAGAGACGAAGGAGGUUGAGACAACUCUAACAACAUACCUCAUCGCUCCAGAACUCGAAAUGUCAGGUGGCCGAUCAGAAGCUGGAACUGUGAUCGAAGAACGUACGGAGGUCUUCACUAUUCCACCACCCCCACCACCAGUAGUACAUCACGCACCUCCGCAUCCUCCAUCAGUUGUACACCAUGCUCCUCCACCUCCUCCAUCCGUACACUAUCCGCCUCCUCCAGAGUCAGUCCACUAUCCGCCUCCUCCGCCAGAGUCAGUCCACUAUCCGCCUCCUCCGCCAGAGUCGGUUCACUAUGCACAUCCACCCCCAACUCCAGCUCAAUGGGCACCACCUCCCGCAUCAGUCGUAUAUGCGCCACCACCUCAACCAGUUAUAUAUGCACCACCACCCCCGCCUCAACAGCAUGUUGAGAUCCACGAGUCCACUAAGAUCGUCGAACGGUCUCCAUCUCCAGCACGAAGCACAUACUCUCAUCACAGUCACCAUAGCCACCAUACUCAUCACCAUAAUGAACCCGUCAUAUUGGAAGGGCGCCCUAGAUCGCGAGACGAAGAGAGCGUCUUUUACGAAAAGAGGGAAAUUAUUGAGCGCACAGAGCCUAUCGGUGCAAUGACCUUAUCACACUCUAAUAGUCAUCACAAGGGUGGACGCUCGAUUCGAGCUGAGAUCAAAGCUCUCGAGCUCGAGAAGGAAGCUCUCGAGGCCGAGAAGCUAGCACUCAAAGCGGAUCGAAAGGCUAACCGAGAGUUCCGCCGCGCGGAGCGUCUUCGUCGUUCAGGAGCCCGACAUAGCGACAGCCAGUUGGUACUUUAUGAAGAGGAAAUCCAUGAUGGUAGAGACGUGACCGUUGUGAGAAGGGAAAGAAUUGUGGAGCCUGAGGGAGGUGUUAGGAUCGAAAAGGACCGAAAAGCUCCUCCACCAAAAUUGGUUAGAGCCAUGCUGGCUACCCUGACUUAA